ACUACAUAUAAGUAUCGUAGUAAUUUAUAAGCGAAUACUGCAAGUAUUAACUUGAUGCUAAACCGAAUGAGAGUUCGAUCCCUGUCUCCUUCUGCCUGCGUCAGUCGACAACUUUGAAUUUCAUAUUACCUUAGAAUCGAUUAUUUCAUGAACGUUUUGCGUUGUCAGAACACUCUCAUAAUUUUCAAGCUACAGACCGGUGGAACAACAGUCUUAUUAAAGUUUUGCUUCUCAUAUCGUACAACUCUGGAUGAAAGAAUUUUGUCUAAAAUGCUUCUUCCCUACUAGUUGUGCACUUGCAUUCACUAUCAUAAUUCCUAUCGAAUCGAUCUUUGGGUUAGCCGAAUAUAAACAGCUGCCAGAACAUACGUGCAAAUUAAAAUUAAUCUCAGAGCUGAUUUCGGGAGGUAGUCGAGGAAGAUUAAUGGAAGAGCACUUUCUGCUCGCGGUUUUAACACCAAUUUAAAAAAAUCAGCUUAAAUUAUCAGCUGGGUGGCUAAUGGCCUAUUUUUUUAAGUUAAUCCGUAGUGAUUGCAUAAGAAGGUAUAAUAAGGUAUAUGCUAGCAAUGCAUGGCGGCGAGACCGAAUGCACAUUUCAUGGCUUCCAUUGUGGUGUCCACAGAUAAUUCAAAUAACAAAACGUGAGAUACUUCGGGUCAAAGGUCGACCAAGAAAUGUUUUCCAGUACUGUGUUUACUUUACUUAUACAAUUAAGACGAUUGAAAAUAUGCUAAGCAUGUUUUCUGCAUACGUUUAUUUUAUAGGUGUAUUGAAAUUGUUGCAAAUUGCGUUGUUAAAAUUGGUUUAAAAAAUGGAACGCACAAACGAUUAUCGUAAAAUAUACCCUUCGGUGAAGCGAACAGAGAAAGACGAAAAGUCAUCAUGUUUUCAGUCAGUGUUAAACACUGUUGUACAAAUCCAUAUGUUAUGUUUUGUAGAUUUUUGGAAAUGAUAAACUUUAGCGCUGAUUAGUGCUUGUAUUUAUGCAAUAUGCGUCCCGUUCCAUCUGCCCACAGUACAACAUUGUGACCUGUUAACUGUGCUUUCUAACAGUAAUAGAUAUCAAUACGCCAAUGUUAGUGCAGAAGCACUUGCUGAAAAGGUCUACAAAGUCGGUGCGCUCUACAUUCUAGAAAGUAAUAAUCAUUUAAUAACUGAAUCGGUGAAAUAUGGUACCACUGAUUUGCAUACUUACGUUAUCUUGCGUACCCUGUCACUUCCUCAUCUUUCAUCCCGUACUUACUCUAGUCUUACUUGUUUCUACUUCUUUCUCUAUUCUGUUAGUAAAUAACCAGGUAAAUUGAUCUGCUACCCGUUAAUAAAUCUCUUGAAACAAUUUUUUUUUAAAUUUAAAUACGUUAGCUAAGAAUUUUUUAUUAUGUAUUAUUUGUUUUAUUCGUAAUUAGUUAUUAGUAAUGCGCCGCAAAACAUAGUCCAAACAGCAAUAACAACGUACCUGAAUUGGACUGAAUAAUCAUGCCGAGGUUUCUUUAAUACCAUUGUAACGAUGAUAAACAGUACGCAUCGCAUGCCGGUUUCUCCAUAUGUCUAAUUACAGUUGCUAGUAAUUUAAACAUAUAGGCUAUAUACAAGCAAAGUUUUUGUUGCCUAUAUUCAACUUUCCCAGGUGCUGAAGAAAUUCACAUUUGUGCAGUAAUGACUAGUUCAACAUUUGUACGGCGCUUCUGCGCUGGUCUUUAUUUCUGUACAAGCUGUUAAUUUAAUACACAAUUGUGCUGCUUCCUUGUUGACACUACUGCUGUUACUGUGCUAUAUCAUCCAGAAUCAAAAUAUCUCGCCGCCACUGACUACGACCUGAUAGGUUUAUGACCGUAAAUACAGCCGCCUUCAGCUUAAAAAGUCAUAAAGCGGCCAAUUGUUAUGUAUUAUUGGUAGUAUAUUUGCUCUGUUAAUGUUCAUGUUUUUAAAGGUCUUCAAACUUCAAUAGAUUUUUGUCGAAUGAAAUAAGCUACAAGCAAGACAAAACAAAUUCAAUUAUAUCGUAACAAUGUAGAGUGGUAUUGCAUCACACGAACUUCAAGCCAAAAUAUACACUAGUAGACAAAUGAUUGAAUGAAUGAAUUCUUGCGCAAGCGGACAAGCUUGAAGCAUAGCUACUUUGUAGCUUUGCAAAGAAACGAAUAAGCGGAAAUGAUGCCUCAUCAUAUAGGUUUGAGACACGUUCACUUUUUUUUGUUCAUGUUUUGCGGCCACAGACGUCCAUUUUAGAUUCAAAGAAUUAAUACAUACACCUAUAAUUAAUUUUCUUUGUUUUUAUUUGUCUAGUUAUAUGCAUAUGCGCUAUAGAAUGACGAACUAAAAACGCAUGAGUGAACAUACGAGUUUAUAAACAAAUGACGAAGGUCUUGUUUCUUAUUGUAUUCCAGAAUUGUAGUUAAUUUUUGGGAGCUCCUAGUUUUUGCUGUAAGCAAAACGAUAAGUUGAUAAUGUUAAGAACAACGACACUCAUGUUACUUCAAAUAACGGCAAGAAAUCACUUCCAUGAUUAGAAUAUUAAUUUUUUAAAAUAUAAGAAUUCAAUUAAUUUUUCUUGAUGUUACAAAACUGCAACUAGCCACGUUGAUGUAAGUCCAACGAGCAAUAAGUAGGGAAAUGAAUAACAUAAAAACAAUGAUAACACUUUAAUAAAAGCUUUUUGCACUCUAUACACUGUGUAUCUCUUCAUAAAAAAUGAUAUUGUGUUAAGAAAGUCAGGUAUGCUUUCGAAAGUAAGUAUAUCGUAAGUGAAAAUAUGAUUCUUGUAAAACCUGAAAGAAAAUACUUGGAAUACGUUAUAGAAUUCGAAUCUUUGUAACAUUCUUGUCAUCCACUUAUUUAACUAACUCAAAUGAAGAUGUCUUCAGUAUAAGCAUAGGAACUACUAGGUGAUUAGUGAUAAAACGCGUAGGAAGGCGUAUUUCAACAAUUGUACCCUCGAGUAUAAUAAGUGCGCCUCAUUAUAGGGAUAUAUCGCUAUAGGGCGGACAUUACAGGAGUAUGCUUGUACCCCCAUUUCAACGUCAUAGAGAAAAAAAAAAAUAUGCAUGUUGAAGAACUUAAGGCUGACUCGACCCUAUGCAAACUUUUGCCUUGGAUACAGAGCAUCUACCCACGGAGCACUUUUAUGUAAAAGUUGUACUUUUUAUAUUCAAAGAACUCUCUUAUUCGUAAUAUAGUGUAUGACAGAGAGGCGUAAAAUGUAAUCAAACAGUCACCCUGAGAACGCUGAAUUUUUUAUUUUUUGUACACUAAAGGUUUUCUCUUCCAGAGGUCUUAAAAGGCUGUACCCAUUUUUUGGGAGCAGUCGAUCCGUUUCGGAGUCCAUUGAGUUUUUAAGCAGAAAAGAAUGCUAGCUCUAUUUCCUACGCAUAAUCUGCCCUUGAAGCCCUUUUUUCUCCCUUUACUCUCCGUCACUUUGCCUCACUGAUCCAGACAAUUAAUAUUGUUGACAAACUUGCAAAACAGAAGCUUUCAAGUCAAACUACAGAAAAAGCUACCUUCUGAAGAUGUAAACAAAUAUGUUUUACGUCACCGUAGCGUUAGCGUACUUUGGCGCCAUGAACCUAGACCAAAUUUUAUUACCUGUCACCGCUAGAUGGCACCAGCUGCCACAAUAACAAGUGCAUGCUUACACGAUUCCGCGCUCUUCAACCGUUCGGCGCCCUCCUAACUGUAUACAAGAUUGAAGUCUCUAAAAUAUUGAGUAGUGAAGCUCGAUUCAGUGUCUCUGUCAGCGAGAAUGGAUUCAGCGAUAGAACUCUUCUGUCAUGAGUUUCAAGAACGUUUAGGUGACGUGUACUCACAAGAUAUUGUGCGUAGUGCGUUUGCUGAUAUGCUGCACGAUACAGAAAGGAAUGAGUUGUACGAAACAGGUAUCAAAUGGGCCAUAUCAGAAUUACGUGCUAGGGGCGUACAGCAGAUUAUCGUACUCGACAUUGGCACAGGUUCUAGCCUAUUGUCGAUGUUGGCAGCUCGCCAUGGCGCUGAUAUCCUUUAUGCAUGUGACGGAUAUGGCCCAGCAAUUACAACUGCACGUAAAGUAAUAGAAGCCAACGGAUUUGAUGGUCGUAUCAAACUUAUCAGCAAACUGUCCAUGGAUUUGGAAGUCGGACCAGGAAAGGACCUUGAGCAGAAAGCAAACCUUCUUGUUGCCGAAUUAUAUGACACAGAGUGCAUCGGUGAGGGCUUGAUUGAAAGCUAUUCGGAUGCCGUAAAACGACUACUUACAGACGACUUUAUUUCAGUGCCACAGGCUGUCACUAUAUUUACACAGGUGGUGGAUUCACCAUUUCUUAGAAACCAUUAUGUUCUUUCAAAACAUGGACUGUUAAUUCCCAGCAGCAUUGAAGAGUGUAUUGGUACAUCCGCACUUCACGACAUUCAGGCGUCUCAACUUGACAAUGAGGACUUCGACCCAAUUACCAAGCCCACCGCCACCUUUCACUUUGAUCUAUCGGACUGUUCGAAGACGCCAUACACGUAUUCCUAUGAGCUUCCAACUGACUGUAACACUCAAAAGGACUGGUCGCCAUGCGUGAUCAUGUGGUGGGAAAGCCAAAUGGCUCCCGACGUUAUGAUGUCAACGGCACCGCGGUGGGUGCACCCCAAGGGUGCGAAUCUGGCAUGGAGAGAUCAUUGGAUGCAGGCUGUCUAUCAACUGCCUAAUAUUUCCGGCAGAUGGCUGCAAUGUAAUCGCGAUGAGUAUAGCUUCUGGUUCAACACAACUAAUGAUCGAAGUGUGAGUCCAAAGCCCUUUUGCACCUGUGGCGUGCAUUACUCGACUUCAGGAUACCGCAACGCGUACCUGGCGGAUUCUUCCCUAUACAAUGUCAUGUGCGAUUCUAUCAAAUCUGCAGCCGAGCGCAACAUUUUGCUAGUCAUCGAGGGAGGGAUGGCCGUAUCUGUAUCAAUAGCUAAGGCUUUUCCGCUAAAGCAAUUCUAUGUCGUUGACAAUCAAAAAGUAACGCGAGAGCUUACACGAAACAUCAUCGAGAUGAACGGCGUUAAGAACUGUCAUAUCUUUGAUCCAGAGAACAAUUCUUGCUCGAUCGAGCUUGUCGUUGCUGACGUCUGCUUCAGCUUCGCGAUGACACCCUGGGCGAGUGUGCAAGCACUCGAUGUUAUCCUGAAAUCCCUGAACGUUCAGCGUGUCCGCCGAUUACCGCAUACUUCUUAUUUGAUGGCAAUGGAGAUGGACUUCAAACAUCUGUACAAAAUACGCUCUCCUAUUGUAAAAACCGUUGGACUCGAUUUAACCGAGUAUAGUAAGUUCAUUGAGGCUGCUGCGAGCCAAGCUAAGGACCCUUUGGAAACCCAGCCUUUGUGGGAGUAUGAAGGAGUGGCUCGCGGGCUUUCAAUUCCACUUACCAAAGACAUCAAAUCUGGAGCUGUUUUGAAUUUCACAAGAAUUGCUAAAAGCAACGGUAUCGCUCUUUGGAUGGAACAUCAAUAUGGAGAAGGAAAUGGUUCGAUAAUAUCCCAUGGACCGACGGCACCCCCGAGCAUAGGGGCGCCUGUGCUUUGGAACCGUUACGUUAAACAAGGUGUUAUACUCUCCAUUCCUGAUAUCGCUGAAAUAUCCAUUAACAUAUGAAGGCUGGCGGUUUAAACUAUGGAAACUAGAGCAAUUGUGUAUGUAAUAAGGAAGGAGAAAUUAUAACUGUUCGGUGAAUUUUAUGUUAUAUUUAUUUUAUUGAUUUCAAAUUACGCUAGUAAUUUAUUGCUUCACAAUAAAAAACGGUAAAGCCAUACCAAGACAUCCUGCUCGCCUUCUAAAUCGUCCGUGAUUAACAUGGAAAUAAAUGAGGAAGUUACCUUGGUUCUUGUUGUUAUAAGAGGAGAAAAGUAGUUACCUUCCCAUCACAUAAAUGUUGGGUAAACUUCUUGCGAAUUUACCCAACAUUCAUGUGACUGAGGUACGGAGAAUAUGAAGAGAGACACUAAUUAUUUAUAAGCAGAUUAUUUUUUUUAAUUACAUUAUGAAAAAUGCGGUAUUUUCCUUACUUUUAAAUACUUCGGUCAUUUUGUUCAUGAACGACGCAGAUUUUUGUGGAAUCCCUUAAUCGCGCUUUAUUCAAAAUUAAUUACCUCCAGCUUUAUCAUUACAUUUUUUAUAAUCGAGUUUUGUCGCGUUUCUUGUUGCUUCUUUCGUAGUUGACGUUUUUGCUUUAUAGUGUUGUUGUUAUUACUGUUAUUAUCAGUUUAUUUUUAUUAUUGGUACUGUUGAAUAAAUUACAAAUCCUUCAAAUACACAGAACACAUUAUUAUUAUUGUUUUUUUUUGUUAUAAUCGUCGUCAGUCCUGCUGUGAUGCUCGGUAAU